UAUUUUUCAUUAUUUAAAAAAAAAUGUUGCUAAAAGGUAAACAUGUACAGAUACUUAAAGGGUUAAGAUGUACUGCAGUUAAUAAUGAAUUCCUUCUUCUUUUGUUUGUAUCCUUCCCUUUCUCUUGUAUUGGAGUUGUUUUUGUGAUUCAGACUGCCUGAUGUCUGUCUGUCAGUCAUUCAUCCCUUUCUUACCACCCCCCCUCGGAGCGCAGCUAUGUGGGCCCGCCCUGCUGUCUCUUCAUUGGUGCGUAUCACCUCACCGCUGCCUGCUUGUUGCAAACUACAGCUUUAUCAUCCACAGGCUCUGAGCAGCCAGGAAAGAAUGUUAAUUCCCUGUCAAUCAGACCACCCUGCCCUCUCCCUCUCUCUCCUCUUCUGUGCACAGGACCCCACCUGAGGAACUGGCUAAGGACCGGGAAGAUCAGCAGUUUGCUAAGAGUUAAGUGCAGCUCCCUCCAGUCUGGUGUUAGAAAAAGAAAGGUAACCUGGCCUCGAGGGAAGGGAAGGACCGCCUGCUUUCUGAGGAUCCACACAGGAGCUGAAUAAGAGGACAUCGGCUUAUCAGAGAGAUAAGUCAGGUAAUUCAUUUUGAAAUCCUUAUCAAGAAAUAACAAAGAGGAAGGAUGUCCAGACUGCGUUGCUGAAGGAUUAGGUUCCGCUAUCUGCAGCUGAACGCUGGUGCCUGGCAAUCCUGUUAUGACUCUACGACAUGGGUGACAUCACACACGGCACCAACGAGAGUCUCCCUAACGGGACGGCAAUGGGCAGCUUCAAUAGCAGCAGCUGGAGGCCCCACUUCUCUGACUAUGACUGCCAGCCUUCUCUGUACAUCCAGUUGGUGUUGGUGGUGGCCUACAGUGUAGUGACUAUCGUGGGCCUCUUUGGGAACCUGUGCCUAAUCAUCAUCAUACAAAGGCAGAAGGAGACGCACAACGUAACCAACAUCCUGAUCGCGAACCUCUCCUUGUCAGAUGUGCUCAUCUGCAUAAUGUGCAUCCCCUUCACGGUGGUCUACACAUUGAUGGAUCACUGGGUGUUCGGGGAGCCCAUGUGCAAGGUGAGCUCUUUCGCCCAGUGCAUGUCUGUCUCCGUGUCUGUCUUCUCCCUGGUCCUGAUUGCCAUCGAGCGGUACCAGCUGAUCGUCAACCCCAGGGGGUGGAAGCCCAACAUCUCCCAUGCCCAUUGGGGGAUUGUUCUGAUCUGGAUAGCCUCUGCCGCCCUGUCCGUUCCCUUCCUGAUCUUCCACCACCUGACUGAUGAGCCCUUCAAAAACCUCACCGCCCACUCCAGCUUCUUCAGGGAUAAGUACGCUUGCACGGAUGACUGGCUGUCUGAGGGGGACCGCCUGGGUUUCACCACCUGCCUGCUGGUGGUCCAGUACCUCGCCCCACUAUGCUUCAUCUUUGUGUGCUACCUGAAGAUCUUCGUGUGCCUGCGUCAGCGGGGCAGGAUGGUGGACCGCCUGCGUGAAAAUGAGACUAGGUUGAGCGAGAGCAAACGCAUCAACAUGAUGCUCGUCUCCAUUGUGGUGGCCUUCGCCAUCUGCUGGCUCCCCCUCAACAUCUUCAACAUCAUCUUCGACUGGAACCACGAGGUCCUCCUCAACUGCCACCACAACCUGGUCUUCACUCUCUGCCACCUGGCAGCCAUGUUCUCCACCUGCAUCAACCCCGUCUUCUAUGGCUUUCUCAACAAGAACUUCCAGAAAGAUCUCAACACCAUGCUGCGUCAGUGCUGGUGCAAGGCUGAGCAGGAGGAGUAUGAGAACAUCAGGCUGUCCAACAUGCUUACAGAUGUCUCCAAGACAUCUCUAAAACUCCACAAUGCUCCACCCAACAGCUAGCAGGAGAGCUUUUAGAUAACAAUGAUGGUACGUCUCACACAGUUCUCAAAAUGAUUCUAAGUUUGACGUUUGUGUGUGUGUGUUUAUAAGUCCUCAGUGUUUAUAUUAUUCCAGUUUGGGGAUACCUGGUAGCUGGCUUUCUCUUCUUUAUGGUUAUUUUAAAUCUGGUGAUGAUAGUGCGUGAUAGCAGCAAUUGGAAAACAGUCCCAACCUGCCUUCUCUCAGCUGGGAUUUGAUGAGCAAGAUGCCAUGAAAAUACACAAGCUGUUAUAACAUCAGUGUAGAGAUAAACCUACUCAGUGACAUUGAAUCAAUUGCACAAGACAGUGUGCUCUUUUCUGGAGCGUAUGUAUGUAUUUAUUUAUUUAUUAAAUGUGUCUUCUUGUUGUUUUUGCUUGAGUUUUGGUUAAUCUGUUUCCGCUCCUUAUCCUCCUCAGUCCUGAGACCAGGUUUCUUAAGAGAAAACUAAAUUUGGCUAUGAAACGUGUUAUUUGCUUUACAUGAGACCACGAAAACAUACAACAUAUGAGACUAAUAUUUGGAACCCCGAAAUAUUGAAGGUUCACUAUUCUGAACGUCCAUUCCCGAGGGCUCUCGGGCUGAUGGUAGUGCUGGCAGUUUCAAAGGAAAAAUGUUCAGUAUACUGAACAAAUACACUGAGGAGGUUAAUUUUAACCAGGUCACAUUUUAGACCUGUUUAUAAAACAUCUGUAAACAUGUUAAUAAAGAUUAAGAAACGAACAACUGUUUAUUACAAUGUUGUUUUAGCGACACAACACCAGUAUA